AGCACUGAUUGGUUCAGAUUUUAGUCGCAUCUAAAUUGCGUCAAGCUCCGUUGCUUCAACACGUUUUACAUUUGCCGAUAGUCGUCCACUUCUUGAGGUAAUCAUGGCGAAGAAUAAACAAAAAGGCAAAAAGCAGCAGAAUGUUUUCCGAGUGGCCAACAAACAGACAAAACAAAAGAAUAAGGCAAAACCUGUCACUUCAACUCUCAAACACAUCAAUAAAGUGAAGAAUGAGAAGGUGGAGAACCUGAAUAAAAUAUUUACAGAGGUCCAACAGGAUGUCAGAAGUGUAUCGAAAUGCACUGCUCCAGUGCCCAGAAAGCCAACACCGGUUGUCCGUGAAGCCCCGAAAGAGUCUGCGAAUGUGGACGGCGCUGCCCAGCUGUUCUCUCAGCUAUAGUGCGGAAUGGCUGCAUGAAAUGAAAUCUAGUUACAAUUCGAACAUUCCACACUGCCCCAUUCACAUAAGGGGCAUCAUCUCCAAUUUGUGUAGAAUGUAAUAUGACUAAUAUCAUAUGAUGACAAUAUGUAAAUAUGGUGAUAUUAAAAAAAAAGUGUGCAGAUAUUCGAAGAAUGUAAAGGAUGAAUUUGUGAGAGGUUGACACAUGCUGUAAAAUGAUAGAUUCCCUGUUGGAUACAUCUGUCAAAUAUAAUGAUCAACAACC